GACGUCACAUGGCGCGGCCGGCGCGAGUGCGCGGGCUUUGCUGGCUCUGGGCUUGCGCUGCCUCUGGGUUUGCGCUCCCCCUGAGCCUGCGCAACUCGCACGUAGGUGUUGAGCUUUGAAAUGCAGCGGGAUUUAUUGAGUUUCCCUCUGUCCCCAGCGGUGCGGGUGAAACUGGUGUCUGCAGGUUUCCAGACUGCUGAGGAACUCCUAGAGGUGAAACCCUCCGAGCUCAGCAAAGAAGUUGGGAUAUCUAAAGAGGAAGCCUUAGAAACUCUGCAGAUUGUAAGAAGAGAAUGUAUCACAAAUAAAACAAGAUAUUCUGGUACAGCUGAGUCUGGCAAGAAGUAUACAGCACUGGAACUUCUUGAGCAAGAACAUACCCAGAGCUUCAUAAUUACCUUCUGUUCAGCACUAGAUAAUAUUCUCGGGGGUGGAGUACCCUUAACCAAAAUAACAGAAAUUUGUGGUGCACCAGGUGUUGGAAAAACACAAUUAUGUAUGCAACUGGCAGUAGAUGUGCAGAUACCAGAAUGUUUUGGAGGUGUAGAAGGUGAAGCAGUUUUUAUUGAUACAGAGGGGAGUUUUAUGGUUAAUAGAGUAGUAGACCUUGCUACUGCCUGCAUUCAGCACCUACACCUUAUAGCAGGAACACAUAUGGAAGAAGAGCAGCCGAAAGCUUUGCAGGAUUUCACUCUUGAGAAUAUUCUCUCCCAUAUUUACUAUUUUCGUUGUCGUGACUACACAGAGCUACUGGCACAAGUUUAUCUCCUUCCAGACUUCCUUUCAGAACAUUCAAAGGUUCGAUUGGUAAUAGUGGAUGGUAUUGCGUUUCCUUUUCGUCAUGAGCUAGAUGACCUAUCCCUUCGUACUCGAUUGCUAAAUGGCCUAGCCCAGCAGAUGAUCAGCCUUGCAAAUAAUCACAGAUUAGCUGUAAUUUUAACCAAUCAGAUGACAACAAAGAUUGAUAAAAAUGAGGCCUUGCUGGUUCCUGCAUUGGGGGAAAGUUGGGGACAUGCUGCUACAAUACGGCUUAUCUUUCAUUGGGACCAAAGGCAAAGGUUGGCAACAUUGUACAAAUCACCAAGCCAGAAGGAAUCUACAGUACUAUUUCAAAUCACACCUCAGGGAUUUAGAGAUGCUGUUGUUGCUCCUGCAUGUUCAUUACAAACAGAAGGUUCAUUGAAUUCCCGGAAACGGUCACGGGACUCAGAGGAAGAACAGGAAUCCAAAGACUAGCCUCAAAGUAUACACAUGUAUUGAUGCUGUGAGAGAUGCAAUGUAUACAAGUAGUAGGUAGACUCAUUACUUUGAAAUAUAAAUACACUAUGGUGUGAAUGAAUUUGGUCUGUAUUAAGUGAAUGGUGAGUGAAUGAAGCAGGUCUGUAUUAGGUAAAAAUAAAAUCAAUUCUCUGAGUUUUUUUCUAAAGCAGUAUUCUACAGUUAUAUUUAACCCUGUUUUCAUUUUUAGUAACAUUCAGUAGAGAUGAUACAGGUAUUGCAUUUUGCAGAUGAGGUAAGCUGAUCUUAUGUGGCCAACCUGAAUACACCAUUCAGAUUGUUUUUUCCUCCUUCCUUUGCCAGUUGCCUAGACAUUUCUGGGAAGAAAAGACUUUUUUCACAUUCUUUUAAAUGUAGCUUUGGUAAUUCUUAGAAAAUGACCUCAUUCUAUUAUAAAGAAAAGUCAGCACCAUGAGUCACCAUAUCAUUAUAUUCGCUUUAUGGAUAUGAUACAAAUUUUAGAUGACCAGUCUGAUUUUAGUGACCCCAAUUCUCAAAUCUAAGUUGUUUGUUUAUUUAUUUAUUUAUUUUUGUUAUUUUAUAAUGUCAAAGGAAGGACUUUGGAAUUGUUAUCCCAUCUAUAGCAUUGACUGAAACAUCUAUCUUCCAGAAUAUCAAAUUGAUAAGCCCACGGUCAUUUAUUUCUAUAUUUUUGAAGCGUGGUGUGAUCCAGUUCUAGGUGUGUUGACAUUUUCCUUUGAGUAAUCUUAACAUUGCUUGAAUAAAUUAAAAAUCUGGAUUCUUGAGUGGUUUCAGAAAUCAUCUAAAAAUGUUUUGGUACCUGGUUCUUAAGUGCUUUUUAAUUCAUUUACAAACUUACUUCGGCUCCCAGUGGGAGAAAAUCAUUUAAGUAAUUGAAUAUUAUAUACUGUGACAACUGUAUUUUCCAGAUUUUAGUGACAGUUGGUAUUUCCUAUCCCAAACUGAACACUAAAUUCGUACAGUUUUAAAAAUAUAAUAAUUCUGUUUUUGAUUGUA